ACGUUGCUUUGUUGUCGUACGUGUGCUGACAGCGGAACUGAACAAUCGAGAUAGAGUCUAUCUGCUGGAAGCCUACAUAACAAGAUGGAGGUGGAGCAGCUCCUGUCUCUGUCAGGCUCAGCGCUGGCCCAGGCUGUCAGCUCCCUACUAGAGACCCCAGGACUCUACGUCUUCUCCGAUAUACUGGAGCUGCCAAAUGUCAGAGAGCUGGAGAACGGGCCUCAUGCACCAGUUUACCAGCUCCUCAACCUCUUUGCCUAUGGAACCUACUGCGACUACAAAGAGAGAGCCGCCUCUCUUCCAGAACUGACCCCUGCACAAAGAAACAAACUUCGCCAUCUGUCCAUCAUCAGCCUGGCAUCCAACCUCAAGUGCCUGCCGUACUCACUGCUUCUGCAGCAGCUUGAGCUGAAGAACGUGCGGGAGCUGGAGGACCUGCUGAUCGAGGCUGUUUACUGUGACAUCAUCCAGGGCAAACUAGACCAGAGGAACCAGCAGGUGGAGGUGGACUGCAGCGUGGGUCGAGACCUUGGGCCCAACGAGCUCCCUAACAUAGUCAACACACUUCAGGAGUGGUGUACAGGCUGUGAGGCAGUCCUGUGUGGGAUUGAGGAACAGGUCUCGAGGGCAAACCAAUACAGAGAGAGCCAGUUAAAAGUCAAAGUCCAAGUGGAAACAGAGGUGUCAAAUCUACAGAAAACGUUAAAGGCCAGUGCUGCCUCUCCGUCAUCAGGCCCCGCCCCUGCGGGAGCUGCAUCAAAUCAGGAUGCAGACCAACCUGCAGAACCCAGAGACCCCGCCUCCUCUCAGGAACCACGACAGCCAGGCAAAAAAAGUUCAAAGGUGAAAGGGCUGCGUGGCAGUGGGAAGAUCUGGUCCAAAUCCAACUGAAGAAAAGAGACUGAGAUGUGGUGACGCCGACACCGAAGGACACUCUGACAGAUUAACGGACACAUGGACACAUUGACGGACAAACGGAUACAGUAAACAAUGUGACCAAUGUUCAAGGACACCUUUGUCUCUCUCACACAAACACACACUCUUCACAAUAAAACCAGGAGGCUUCAUGGGAACUUUUCUUGUCGCCAGAUCUCACCUUGAUGGAUCCAGAAACACACAGGCAGAUGGAAGUGACAGGUGUGACUUCAACUCUUGCAGCUUUUAAUAACCUAACAGGCAGACUGUCAGUGUAUAUACACACAAUUCCACUCACAUAAACAGCACUUCUGUCACAUGAAGAUCGAACGGUCUGCAGCAGGAGUCACUUGCCAUCGAUCAGAAACAAGAUCAGUGUAUUGGCACAGAUGUGUGUAUCUAUUGGUUUAAAAAUGUUCUUUUGGUUUUGAUUAAUGUUUCUUUGUAUUUUUUCUCUCUGCUGAGUUGAGACUUGUAAAAAUUCAGAAUAUAACUUGUUCGAGAAAUAAAAAGGAAGCCCUGUA